UUCACACACUCACUGCCAGCCCCUGCUCUGAUGGCGAAGAAACCCCGUUGACAAGGCACUGCUUUUUCUUGACGAGCCCUGCAGGAGCAGAUUCUGAAUGGUUCCGGCUGCAGCUUUGGAUUAUUCUUCAAAGGAACAGCAUGCCAAACUUUCCAACACUGCUGUAUUGGUGCACUUUGGCCCAAACCUGGAGAUACCAUUUUGUCCUGGGGUGAAGUUGUCAUGGAUGAUGAUGAUGACCAAUGCCUGCUAGAUAUUCUAGGAGAACCACCCGCAUUAAAUUACUUUCUGCACAGAUCUGGCAGUAAAUUAAUCACUGAUUCUAAGCCAUCCAGUAAGAGUUUAGAUAAUCAUCUUGGAGAAAUAUCCAGUGAUGAACUGUGUUUACCAACCAGCCUGCAGUUUCUUGAAGAUGAAUUGGAUUCUUCCUCUCCUUUGCAAGAACUUGUUGAAGACCAGCCAUUUGAUAUUCUUCAGAAAUCCUUGCAGGAGGCUAAUAUCACAGAGCAAACUUUGGCAGAAGAAGCAUAUUUGGAUGCCAGCUCAGGUUCAAGUCAGCAGUGUGCACAAGCCUCACUUCAUUCAUCACCAUCGUCAGUGUCAUCAUUUACUCAGGGUUCUAAUGUUUCUAAUUACUCAGGACAGAGCUUACAACCUGUAGGUGUCGGUCAUGUUCCUGUUGUGCAACAGGCACUUGAUACAUCCUUUGGAAGCAGUUCAGUUAAUGUACAGCAGAGUUUCAUGCAAGUGGGUGUAAACAGUGUUACCACACAGCAGUUAUCAAACAGCAGUCAGAUUGGUGGUAGCCCUGGCCAAAUACAGUUACUUGGUUCAGUUAGCACUCAGCCUUCCAUGAUGACUAUCAAUCAUCUUGAUGGAUCUCAUAUUAUUUUAAAAGGGAAUGGACAGCAGCGACCUGCAAACAUGAGUGGUGGAUUAUUGGUCCAAAGGCAGUCACCUAGUGGCAACUCUUUAUAUGGUGGCCAUAAUCCCAAUCUAUUGACACAGAGUGUAGGUAGUCAUUUUAGUAACUGUAAUGUUGCAGCCUCUCUACCUGUUCACAACAUUAUUAUACAAAGAAGCCCCAAUCCCGCAAAAGUUCCCAUUAAUAUUCAACCAAAGCCUAAUCAAGUGGGUCAUCAGGCUAUUUAUAGCACCCAGGGAAUGCAGCAGCAUCAUGUACGACAUGGAGUUCCUUAUCCCCAAUCCAAUUCUCAGAAUUCAACACUGGGCCACCAGAUGACCGUCAGCAUUGUUAAUCAGCAGAACAUGAGAAAAUCUGCUGCCCCUCAAUCAGUGAAUCCUUCAGGAAGUGGCAUUGUUAUUCAUUCACCUAUGGGACAGCCUCAUGCACCUCAAAACCGUUUUUUUCUGCCAACAAAUCUGUCUGUGAAUUCCAACUCUCUUCAUCAUGUACAGACCAUAAAUGGACAGAUUCUUCAUAAUCCACGUGCUCACAUGAUGACUGGGCAGGCACCUUCUGAACAUGUGAUAGUGAACCAGAAUUCUACAAGUAUGGUGAUGGCAAAUCAGUCAUAUUCAGGACAAAUACUUACCACUCAGAACACUGCUGUGCAGUUGGUAUCUGGCCAAGCAUUUACUGCAUCAGGAGGACAAGUGCUAGUAAACCAUGGAACAUCUCAGACUGUUGCUGGACAGGUACAGCAAAUAUCACCAACUGUAUUACAUUUAUCUCCUAGUCAAGGCAGCAUUACUCAUGCUAAGUCAGGUUUUGCUACAGUGCAUGCUGGACAACCUGUUUCUCAGGUUAUGCCACUGCAGAACCAGUAUGCUGUGAUGGAUACUUCUAGCACAGCAUGCCCUAAUAUGGGACAAACUGUUCAGCCUGUUUUAUCUGGAGCCAGCAUUAGUGGAGUUCAGCACUCACAACAAAUCCAAGCCCAAGUUACUGUUAGUUCUACUCACUGUCUUCCUGAUUCUUCAUUGAGAAUCACAGCUACUUACAGUCAGGCAGCAACACAGCAACCAUUUGCCUCUCCUCAGGUUCAGAAGAAACUUUUGAACCAGCCUUUUUCUGCCCUUACGUCAGACCCUCAGGAUGGUUUAAAGCAACCACAACUAACCAGUCUCCUUAGUAAUAAGAUGUCACCUGGUCACAGUAACUGUCAAGCUGGAAAGGUAACUGGAGGGACCACUCUGCAGCAUCAUUUUGGAAAAAUACAGCAACAUCAAGAAAAACAAAGCAAGCAAGGCUGUUUUCAUACACCUACACAGGCUGAUUGUCCAUCAAGUGGACAGAAAAGAUCUGCUUCUAGUCAGUUAACCAAAGGAAACUUGAUUCUUAAGCAUCUACAGAAGGACCACUCUCAUGUUGUUGCUCCAGAUAAAACUCCAUUUACAUCAUUGGAAGAUACUUUUGAGAGACUUAUUCCAUAUAAUGUUUUCCAGGGAUCAUUGCCAACUGAAGAAGAACUUAAAAAAGUGGAUGAUGAAUUUGAAGUGGUAGCUACCCAAAUGUUGAAACGAUCCCAAGCAAUGCUAAAUAAAUAUCGAGGGCUGCUGCUAGAAGAAGCUGUGCGUGUUAAUCCUUCUGCAGAAAUGGUUAUGAUCGAUCGAAUGUUUAAUCAGGAGGAAAGAACAAUAUUGUCUCAUGACAAGCGCCUUGCUCUGAUGGAUCCUGAUGGUUACCUGGCUGACUUCUGUUGUCUUUCAAAAUGCCUUGAAAAAUGUAAUGAUAAAACACAGUUCAUGGAAACUGCAUCUGCCUCAGCUUUGGAUGUUCCUGAUCAGAAGGAUUGUGCUCUGACUCACAGCAGUGGUGCAGUAAGUGCUGCCAUCAUGAAAUUCGGUAAAAACAAUGGUAAUGUUGUGUCUGUUGGGAAAACAAUGCAAAUGGACAUUAAUGAAAAUAAACUGGAAGACAUUAAUAGAUUGCUGGAAGCAAAAAAGUACAACAGUCAUUGUUCGGAAGAAAAAGUUUUAGACUCCUGUAGAGGGUCUUUAGUAUCUGAUGGAAUAUCGCCAAGAUCAUUUAAAAAUGGCAGUAACGCAGACAGGUUACCUAGUAAAACAACUAGUGUAAACCCAACAUCUUCAUGUAGGAACUCAUGUCAGGGCAAAAUUCAGAACUCUUCAGGUAACGAGUCUGUAUGCCUAACUGCAAAAGAGAGCAGUGAGUCCCAAGAAAUGGCAUCACUUAAUGAGCAUAUAGAGUCUACAUUCAAAAGUAUUUUGGAAUUAAAAAACAAACAAACUGAACUAGAAAGUAAAACACCUGUGUCUAACAAUCCUGACCUGCAGCUUCCACAAUUUACAGCUGUAGCUUCAGGGGGAAACUGCCUUGAAAAAUUUGCUGCAGACCACAAAGAAGGUGCUGCAGAAACGGACUCUGUUUUAGAAGCAGCUGUGAACAGUAUAUUAGAAUGUUAAUAGUGCCAUGGACAAGUACUUUUUCUAAACAACUGCAGUAGGACAAAAGGUGAAGCAAACAAGCAGCUGGAAUAUUGGAAUUUGUCAUAGACUGAACCUGAAAACAGAUUUGUUUAGUCUUGUUUAUCCAUCCAAAAACAUAAAUUUUAGUUUUGUUUUACAAUGGGAUAAGUAUUAGCUUGUUCCACUGGUUGUAUGUGAAUUUGAAUUAGAAGUAUUCAAUGUUAAACUCAUUUGUUUUAAAAAUUGAAGAAAGCCCUAGUUAUUUCUUCAUUUUGGGCUGUUAUGCCAUUUAUUAUUGUCAGAUUUGCAAUGGAAUGUAUUAUUUGUAGUAUAGUUAUAUUUUCUGAAAACAGAUGCAGAACAGUUAUGUAUUGUUAUAGUAAUACAGCUGUCUGCAUCAUAUUUGUCUGUAUACACACCCAUGUACAUAUACAUGCAUGUGCCCACACAAGCAUAUUUCUGCAACUGUACAGUUGGUUAUCAGCUAUUUCCCUGUACACUUAGUGUGAGUGUGUAUGCAUGUGUAUGUAUAUGAGCAUAUGUAUAUAUGACAACAAAUUUUGUGUACUUGAAUGUCAGCAUGCAUGCCCAACACAGGCACAAAGUACUUUGUGCUACUUUUCUUAAUACAGAUGUUUCUGGUCUUUGUUUUGUAGAUACCAUUGCCAGCAGCAGCCACAUGUUUUGAAAAGUAGAAUUUUUCUACUUUAGUAAAACUCAUUUUAAUGCUAUCAUUUAACUUGGCCAGUCUCCCACCAUUAGUUUAGAUGAGCAGUACUUCUGUGCCGUGCCACUUUGUCAAACCUAUUUUAGUGUUUAUUGUAUGUCUUUUGGCUAUGCUUAUUUAUUUAUUUCUUAUAUCAGUUAAAUGUUGUUUUUGGUUCCUGCAUCCGUGGUGUAGCUGAUAUUUACGCUCUUCUAACUUUUCUGUUUCUGGGGUGUGUACCUAAUCAGGUACACAAAAAUGUGUGUUUGAUAGGGCAGCCAUCCUGUCUUACUAGUAUGUACAUAAAGUGUCCUGGAAAAAAACUAAAUGAAUAUUUUGAUAAUC